CCCCUUUCUGAAGACAGGUUCUGUGUCUGCCCUUCUCCAGUCCUUUGGGACCUCAGCCCUCCUAAAGGUUCAGCGAUUGCUUUGCCUAGCUCCAUCUAGGGUGAAUAUCAUGAGGCUCUGCCAACUUGAAUACAUCUAACUGACCUCAAUUGUCUUUUACCUGUUCUCUCCCUAGUCUAGCCUGUAUUCCUGCCCCCUUGUUGUUAAUAUUGUGUUAAGCAUCUAUUGUCCCAAUUUGUUUCUCUCAGGUCCUGCUCCCCUGGACUACAUCCAAGGAGGUACAUGAGCGGCUGAGGGCAGUGGGAAGGAUCAGGUGGCUUAUGGAACUCAUGGGGUCUCAGCGCAAAUUCCAGGAAGUGGAGGAGUUCAGAGUCCUGGGCCAGCUGGUGGGGUGUCUCACCCUGUGCUGUGCGGAGCAGGAGCAGGAGAUCUGCCAAUCGGCUGUGGAGGGACUUCACCACCUCUACUCCUUCAUGCUGCAGCUAAAAUCCAAAAUUUCGGAGAAGCUUGGUGCAGCGUAUUGGCAGCCCCUCAACGACAGUCAAGUUGAGACAGCCUUCUGGGUCACCAACACCAGCAAUAUCACAUUGAUUUUUGGGAAGUACUUUGACCCGUCUGAAGGCAUGGACUUUCUCCUCACUGCUAUCAACGGCAUGAGAGACUCCAGCGUCCAUGACGCAGUGACGGCCAGGAACAUGCUGCAUACGAUCCUGGAGGUUCCCGGCCUCAGCUUGGGGAGGGUGUCAGAGGCUGUGAGGAGCAUUCAUAACCACCUGGACUCCAUCAGCGAGCCACUUGCCCGGCAGGAGCUGCGCAGGGCCCUUCUCCUGCUGGGCUACCGGUUCAGCGAGGAGGUGGUCAGAACCCUGCUGGGCUGCUCACUGUCAUGUGACAGUGUUGCUGCGGAGAUGUGGAAGAUGCUGACAUCCCAGCCCAAGACCACAAGAAAGAUCCUUGGGGAGCUGGUCAGCAGGCUGCAGGAGCCGGCUCGGCGACGGCAUCAGCUCUCUGAGAGACCGGCUGGCUUCCCCCUCUUGGCCUUGCAGGCCACAAGAGCCCUGUAUGUGAUCCUGCAGGAGCAGGCCUGCAGGCAGGAGGUGAAGGAGCUCUUCCCUCAGCUCUACGUCGUGCUGCUCUUCCAUGUCACCCACACAGUGCAGUACACUGCUUCGCAGGAGAGGGAGCAUAACAAGAAGGACACGGCCGCACCCCUCAGCCCCAUCAGGUUCACGGUGAAGGCCAUGGAAGCUUUGCUUCUAUGCACUGGCUACAAGGAGCAGGUCACCUUCAUGAUGAAGCAGGGCGGCUGGGACCUGCUCAUGAGCUCUGACACGCACCACAAUGGUGUCUGCCUGCUUGCCCGGGCCAUGGUUUCGCUCAAUUUCCAGGAGCGAAACUGGAUUUUCCACCAUCUCAUGGCCAUCCUCAACGAUCGGGACGAUAGGCGGUACGUCCCGGCCGUGGCGCUCUUCAUUCAGCUCCUCCAGUGCCCUGACCUUGGCAACGAGCUGGAAGACGCCAUCGUGGAGGAGAUGAGCAGGCAGCUGAGAGACCCCCAGACCGUGCACUCGCUCCUCUGA